GUAAUAUUAAACAAUAUGCUGAAGAAUUAAAAGAAUUACUAAUUGAAGAAUUUUUAGAUGAUAAACAAAUAAUUAAACGUGUAAUUAAAGAUCCUAAUGAAGAAGUUAUAUCUGAUAGUGAAUCUGAAUUGGAAAUAAUAAUAUAA